GCUUUAUUAUUGACAAGAUCUACAAUGUGGACAUUUUUUGUUUCAAUUUUUGUUUGCGGAGUUUGUUUUGCCGAGCGAAUUCAAUAUGCAACAGCAAUGCCAGUGGAAGUGCCAGAAAUUGAAAGAUUAUAUCCACCCGUGGAUAGUCCUAGACCGUUUUUUAAUUCGAUUGGGGACCUAAUUGGUUCAACAGGAUUUUUACCAAUCGAAAUAAAUGUUCCCGAUACAAUCACCAAUUUAAUCAACGGAAUACAAUCGAUUAGUGGAGGAAACCCAAUUGGAAAUGGAGUUAUACUAAACUCACUAGUACAAAGAUUUCCUUUUCUGCAAAAUUUUAGACCUCGUCCUAAUGCAUCGCCUUACAUUUUUUUAAUUUUGCCAAAUCCUAACAGAAAAUGGGAUAAUGGUAACAUAAAAAAUGCCCUUUAUCCUUUUGAUCCCAAUAGCGAGGAAUAUAGUAUGUUUUACCCUUAAUGAACUAAUUUUCUUAUUAAUUAAUACACACAGUGGGGUAAUUAAUUAAAAUAAAAACGUUGCUCUGGCAAAUGGAUGGUACUUGUAAUUAGUCAAUUUUGAGUAACUGACGAAUCAUCAUGUACCUACCCUUUUGACCUACAUAAAAAAGCGUAUACAUAUAUAUAGUAUACUUUACCUUUAUCUUAUUUAUUUAUUUAUUCCUUAAUUAGUAGACAGUUUGUAGGGUAGCAUUUAUCAUACAUAGACUAAAAUACAAAUACCGAUUGCAUCAUAUGUAAUUUAGCUAAUUAACAAAUAAUGUAGGUAUCUAAUAUAAAUAAUAAAAUAGUAAAUAGUGUUAACGAAGUAUUUAAUACACUUCUCGACAACUGUUUCGA